AAAACCAACACUCCACCUAUUUAACAAUUCAAUCUUGGCUGAGCAAGAUGAUGACACUGACCUCUCAAAAUGCAUCAAGAGGAGAAUACUGGAGUACCGAAAUGAAAAGUAUGGUGACUCACCAACACAAGAGUUGCUUGACAUGGCCACUGUCCUGGACCCAAGGUUCAAACUGUGAUAUGCAAGCGAGGUCAGCCAAGAAACAAUCAAAGCCAGACUGACAAUGGAAAUGAAGUCCAUCAUGGAGGCUGCAGUGAUGGGGACACCCGUUGGUAACACGGAGGUUGCUGAUGAUGGUGCAUCAAACCAAACAAAGAGGAAAAGGGGCCUAGGCAGCUUCUUUAAGGCCCCUCUCAGCCCAGCAGCUCCAGGUGCAGAACAUACUCUUCAACUGGACCAGGCCAUAGCUUGUGAGCUUCAGGGGUACCUCCAGGCAGGGACCCUGGACACAGAGGAAGACCCACUGGGGUGGUGGAAGCUAUCACAGAACCUCUUCCCACGACUCUCCAUCCUGGCAAAGAAAUAUCUUUGCAUCCCAGCCACAAGUGCCUCAUCAGAAAGGGUUUUCAGCACUGGUGGAAAUGUUGUCAACUGCCUGGGUGCAUCGCUAAAGCCUGACCAUGUUAAUAGGCUGGUGUUUUUGGCUAAAAACCUUUGAAAGGUUGCAGGAACCAUGUUUUGUUGAGUCAUUUUAAGAUUGUAUGGGACUCUGGCCUACUAGUUUUUAUUUAUUUCUUAUAAAAGGUACUACUUUCAGUGUUUAAUUUUAUUUUUGUUCAGGCAGCAACUUUAGUUGACAUACCUCAAUGUCAGUUUGAUGCAAUUGUGCAUUGUGUGGCUACACAGCUUGCCUUGAUGUUUGAUUAUUUGUAUGCAUAAAUAUUAUGCAGCAGUUUGAAGUUCACUGAACAUUAAUGUUUACAUUUUUUAUUUAUUUCUUAUAUUGCAAAGCAAUCAUUUGCACAGUGGUCAGUAUUUGCACACCAUUUUAUAUUUUUUGACAUUUUUUAAAGCAAUUAUUCAAUACAUUGUUAUUGUUAAAUAAAUAUCGUGAAAUAAUCACGAUCUCAAUUUCAUUGAAAAUAAUCGUGAUUUUCAUUUUUGCCAUAAUCGAGCAGCCCUACUGCAUGGUAUUAGUGAAGACGCUGUCAUUUUAAGAUACU